GCAGCUAGUUGAAGCGAUGAGAGAGGUCCAUUCCAGAGGUGUUCUCCAUCGUGACAUCAAACCAGAGAACAUUCUAGUAGAGACCGGUUUCACCUCACCUCGGAUCAGGGUUCUAGACUUUGGCUGCGGCUGCAUUCUCAGAGAUGGGCCCUACACCGAGUGUUACGGCACGUCCCAAUACACCCCUCCAGAGUGGUUUCUGAGAGAGUCGUAUCGUGCUGGUCCCUCCACUGUGUGGCAGCUGGGGGUGCUGCUAUAUGACGUGCUGUGUGGGGACCAGCCCUUCAACACACGACGAGAGAUCAUCUUUGAAGAGCCUUACAUCAAGGGCGAACUGUCCAGACACUGUGUGGAUCUGUUGAGGAGGUGUCUGGCCAAGCGACCCCGAGGACGGCCCACUCUGGACGGGAUGUUACUCCACCCCUGGCUCCAGCCACAGUGAGCCAGUAGUGAGCCACCCCCCCCCUGGCCAGACCUGCAGCCUGUCACCUGAACACAACUCAACUCAACCCAACCAAUCUUCACUCUGGACAUAAACAUAGAUUUUUAACCGUCUUUGAAAAGUAACUCCUUCAACGUGAAUAUAUAAACUUUGAACAAAUAUCACACUUUUAUUAUUCAUGAUUUGUAACUCCAUCACCUUUGUUUAAGACACAUAUUAUACACGCAGA